CACUUGGCCACCACAAUGUCUUCCAAUAUCCUCGACCCCGCUGCUCUGAUCCAUGCUCUUCCAAAUGUUCUGCCUCCUGGAAAGAAGAAGCUGAAUACUCCUCAGGACGCUAUUGCUGCCCUCAUUCACACCGCGAUGGUCGCGCUCGGUUUCCGACUCAUCGGUGUGGACGAGGACUCUCCCGCUCGCACAAUUUUGAACAGCGUGCUUCCGGACGAAUGGAACCAGUACGGUCCAGCACACUACACAUUCAGAUACAGACAUGAGCAGAGCAGCCUUGAAUUUGUGGUGAAAGUUGUCAAGCUUGGAUCUCGCACCCUGGUCAACUCCAUCGCAACUGAGAGUGACAAAACGGCGACUUUGGACAUACCUACCGCUGACUUUGUAUCACCAUCCUUCUUCCCUCACGACCUGCAAGCUCCCAAUGCGCCACCUUUGAUUCAUGGCUAUAUCUCGUCCAACCGCGUAGCCGAUCUGAUGUCCCAGUACCAACUUACAACCAUUCAAAAACUGGUCCCUGGCCUUCGAAAGGAGGGUUAUAUCGAGCCGUCUACAGAGACACCGGGCGCUGCUAGCAGCAGCCGACCGAGGAAUAUCGUGCCCCCCUCUGCUGAGCCGGGACCAGUUCAGCCGCCUGAAGCUCCAGAACGUAGCCUCAGGGUACCGAGGAACCCAUUGGAGAUUGGCAGACGAGACCUAGAACCCUUUUCUCGCAACCCAUUUGCACCUCCCUCCCUCUUCCCGGACAACGGCGGUGAUGGUAUGAUUGUCGGCCCUGAUCAUCCUAUCUUUGGUCCCGGGAUGAGAGGACGAGGCCCUGGAGGUAUGGGCCCUUGGGGAGGUGACGGUUAUCUUCCUCCUCUAGGGGCACCUCCGGGUGCUCGAUUUGAUCCUGUUGGACCGUCUCCGAGGCUUAACAGGAAUCCAUUGGGUAGGGGGAUGCCUGGCUCAGGCAACUUACAGGACCCGGACAAUGAUGAGUUUAUGCCCCCGGGAGCGGGAGAUAUGUUUAUGUGAAGCACAUGAGAGUGCCGUGAAGUUUUGCUGGAUGUACGAAUAGUAUUGUGUGCCUUGUUCACUGAUCGCAUGUCUCUAUCGCAGCGCUGUCGCUGUUGUUGUUGGUAGUUUCCGUUGUGCGCACACGCCCAACCAUGUAGCUUUAAUGUUAUGAAAAGUCGAUUGUGUAGCCCUAGUUAGUAGUAACGAAACCGCUAUGCCCCGGAACACAUGAAUU